AGCGAACUGAGCGACAAGGGGCUGGAGGAAUUCCUGUCGGAUGACAGCGACGAGGGAAACGAAGAACUCCUGAGCAAAAAGUAUGCGGAGAAAGAAGCACUAAUCACGCUGGAAACCAAGUUCCCCAAAAUAGUCACCAUUUUGGGUAUUCCAAAGGUGGAGGAAGAAAAACACAGCAGGUUGGCGGAGGUAUUGAAAAAAUUGUUUAUAAGGCAUUUGAAUGCCAAAAUAAGUGACUCCUCCUUAUUGAACAUAAAAAUACACAUGCCAGUAGAUGAAGAAAAAAAAACCAAAGGAAUCUGCUUCGUAACAUUUAACGAUAGUUUUCAAGCAAACGAAGCAGUGAAAAUUCUCAACAAGCUAAAGCUCGAUGCCAAACACGUAUUAACAGCUUCCAAAAUGGAUGACAUAGAAAAUAUAAUUAAUCGAGAUGAACACGUCAUGCCAAUUAACGUCGUUGGAUUUACAAGAGAAAAAAUCAGAUGGUGGUUAUAUGAUGACAGAUGUAGAGAGCAGUUCAUUGUCAGAUAUGAUUCACAUUUUGAAGUCCAUUGGUUUGAUCCUCUAGAAAAAGAACCACAACUUAUUUAUACCACGUAUAAAAAGAGCGCACCAUUUUCCAGUGUCCAAUGGAGUAACCAAGGGUCUUACUUAGUUAGUUUUCACAACCCAGGUAUAGCUCUCUGGGGGGGAGAUAAUUUCGAAAAACUUAUUCGAUUGCAACAUAAGAGUGUAAAAGAAAUUAGCUUCUCUCCAAAUGAAAAUUACGUCCUCACAUGGGAUGGUACCCCUGCUUCACUCAGAAAUGAGAAGUCUAUAUGUAUUUGGAGAGUCAUAACUGGGAAGCUAUUGCGUUCUUUUAUUACUCCAGAAUUUAGUGCCAGGGAUAAGAGCUAUCAUUACUUUCUGUGGAGUCCUGAUGACAAAUAUAUUGCUUGUAUAGGGAAGCAGAAGGAGGUAUACGUAUAUGAAUUACCAAGUAUGUUAUUAAUGGAAGAUCAUGAAAAAAAGAGGACACCUCUCAAAUAUACCUUCGUUAAAGAGUUCGAUUGGUCUCCUGUUGAUAAUAUUGUAUCCAUAUGGAUCCCAGGGACAAAAACCACACCAGGGACAUUAAUUUUGGUAGAUAUUCCAUCAAGAAAGGAACUCGUUUCGAGAAAAAUUUAUGAUGUGGUACAUGCAUCUAUUCAUUGGCAAAGUAAGGGAGAUUACUUGUGUCUAAAAACAACUAUUGAAAAAAAAAUCAGUAAGAAAAGCAAGAAGGAAUUCACUCAGCUGGAAAUUUUCAGAAUUAGAGAAAAAAAUAUCCCUGUGGAUAAUAUCCAAAUUGAGGGAAUUAAAACGAAGCAGUUCCACUGGGAAGAGUCCAAUAGCAAUCGAUUCGCUUUAAUCGUUAGGGAUGAAGCUACGAGUAGACAACAAAUUAGGUUCUACAAAAUUGACAACAAAGGAACAGCUAGAAAUGCAAAGUGGACCAGCACCUUUGAUAUUAACAGUCAGAUGAAUUUUAUGCGAUGGUCACCACAGGGAUCUUAUUUCAUUUUAGCGUCACUAGGAUCAGAAGGUCUCCUUUAUUUUUGCUGUCUCAAUGCGAAUGACGAAGUGGAAGUGAUACACAAGGAUGAACACCUCUUAGCAAACUCCGUUUCGUGGAGCAACUGUGGAAGGUAUCUCGUCACAUCUGUGUCUAGUAUGGCAAACGCAGCGAGCUCCAACUACAGAGAAGAAAAUAGCGAAACGGGAUUCUUUAUAUGGUCCUUCCAAGGUAGGUGCCUAAUGACUAUUAAGAAGCCCUCCUUCUUUCAGUUCUUCUUUAGACCACACCCUAAGUCACUCUUCAGCGACAAACAAAAAUUGGAUAUCAAAAAUAACUUAAAGGAUUACUCCAAGAAGUUUGACGUCAUGGAUGAGAAGGUUAGACACGCCAAACGAAAUCAACUCAUAUCGGACCGAAAAACUGUGGAAGCGUCAUUUAACGAGAGAAUGGAAAAGGUCACUCAGCUGUUUCACUCCUUUAAGGAAUAUGAAGAGUUCAAGAAGAACUGGGAGCAAUUCGAGAGCCAGUUCGAGUGGGAGGAGAAGACUGUUGUCAUUGAACAUGUCCUCUCAGUCAAGCAAGAAAUAUUCGCUUAA